AAGCAAGCAGCUUAGGGGAAAUAGAAAAGCAAAAGAAGAAAAAGAAAAACAUGAAAGGAAGAAAGAAAAGAAAACAAAAGCAAUAAAGAAAGAAAACAAAGACAAAAGGUUCUCAAAACUCCAUGAUUAUUCAAAUUCUCUCAAAAACAGUACCGAGCACUGCUAGUGUUCCCCCUACUUAAUCAGAACCUCUCAAACAACCUUCGAUCGGAACAACGUCUUCCUCUUUUCUUCUGUAGAGAUCAUAGCAAAAUUCAGAAAGCCAUGAACAGAGGUGUCUUGCAAAGCUCACCGGUGCAACAAAUGAUGGCUGCAAACCCUAACAAUUGGUGGAACAUCAACACCAUGCGCCCUCCUCCGCCUUCUCCUCCUCCUCCUUCUCAGCCUUCUUCUCCGUUCUUCUCCACUCCUUCCAACUUUCUAACUCCGUAUAAUACCUCUUCUUCUCUUCCUCUUCCUUCUUGGCAUGAUAACAAUCAAGAACUACCUGAGUCAUGGAGCCAGCUUCUCAUGAGUGGGAUGGUGUCUGAAGAAGAGAAAGGGGCUAUGUGCCAGGUUCAGCAACAAAUGCUGAGUCAGGCUUCAAGGGUUCCUAUUGUUGAUGUUAAGCAAGAAGGCUCGGUGAACAGCUACGUGUACGGUCAUGGAAACGAAGAGUUUCACCCAGCAAAGCCAACUUGGCCUCAAAUAAUGCCUUCUUCUUCCCCCAAAUCAUGUGUAACAAGUUUCAGCAGCAGCAUGUUAGAUUUCUCUAACAGUAACACAGAUGCUAGGCCUCCUCCUCCAGACCCAUCAUCAGAGUGUAAUAGCACUGCAGCUGGUGGGGCAUUCAAGAAAGCUAGGGUUCAACCGCCCACAACGCAGACGACCUUCAAGGUUAGGAAGGAGAAAUUAGGUGACAGAAUUACAGCCCUUCAUCAACUCGUUUCCCCGUUUGGAAAGACUGACACGGCGUCUGUCUUAUUAGAAGCUAUUGGGUAUAUCAGAUUCCUUCAGAAUCAAAUUGAGGCCCUUAGCUUACCAUACUUGGGUAAUGGAUCAGGAAACAUGAGGCAGCAACAAUCUGUUCAAGGAGAGAAGAAUUGUAUAUUCCCUGAAGACCCCGGUCAGUUGCUGAACGAAAACUGCUUGAAGAGGAAAGCAACCAGUGAGAAGGAUUCUGAAGAAGAGGCGAAGAAGGAUCUAAGGAGUAGAGGGUUGUGUCUGGUUCCAGUGUCAUGCACGCUGCAAGUUGGAAGUGACAAUGGAGCUGAUUAUUGGGCACCAGCUUUUGGAGGGGGGUUUCGGUAGAUGGAGCUAAUUUACUUAUUAGCAGAAAUUAAUAUAUAUGUUGCAGCACAAAGAGAAACGAAUUCAUGGAGAUUGUAUAACAUCAUUAGCAGUCAAUCUGCUGCAAAACCUAAGGCUGAUUGCUCAUGAUGCUAUACAGCAUUCCUGAAUAAAAAGUGUGCUGUCAAUCCAGUAGUAUAUAUUUGCAACUCCUUGUUAAGAUUCCUAAAUUCAUAAAAAUCUACCUUUUGUUUAUUUUAACCAGCUUAAGCUGUAUAACGUUAGAUGAUUGUAUAUAUGCAGUAACUGUAUGAUUACUUUCA